GGCGCCCUGAAGCGCCGCGGGCCUGUCAGUUCCACGCCGCUCGCGGCCGCGUCCCUCAGGCAGGCGCUGCUCGGGUGCGGGCCUGUGGCGUGCACCCGCGGCCAAGCCGCGAUCGCGCAGAACGGCUGUGAGCGGGCGAGAGCUGCACGGCACCAGUACGGAGUUUACAGUGUCCUGUUGGUUUCCCUUUUCACCCCCGACCAGGCUGCAAGGGAUGAGACGGGCUGCACCUGCGCGCUCCCGUCUGCUGGCAGACAACUCCCUGGGACCCACAGCCCGGAGGGCGAGCGUGGGGCCGGUACAGCGGCGGGCCGCAGACAGGGCCCGGGCUAUGGGGCUGGCGGGCUCCUGCUUGGCCUCUCCCUCUCCGCGGCGUGCGGCCGGUGUGAGAGCACAGCGGGGUGACGAGAGCGAGACGUGGGUCGCUCCUGGGGCGCAGUGGGGGAGAAGGGGCGCCGGGCGGUUCCUCACUGGCGGCGGGGCGGCCCUGCCUGCGCGGAGGGCUUUGCGGACCCCCUGCCCUGGCACUGGAGCGAGCACCAGCAGCCUAAACCCCUCGGUCUCAAACGCAGAGGCAGCGGUUCCCCAGCCCCGCGCUACAGCAGGUUGGGAUGUUGGGUCUCUAUCCUUUCCUGUCACAUGGCUGGUAAUAGGAUCCCUCAUCUGCCACUCGGCACCUCGCCGGGGCGCAGUUUCAGGACACAUGCUGUAGGGCCGCCGCUUCCCGCACUUCGCGCUCUUCCCGGCCGCCCACGACCACCUCUGCCCCGGGAGCUGUGGGGCUGCCGCCGGCGAGUGCGGUGCGGCCCGGCAGCCGCUGCCCAUGGAGCCCCCCGCCCUCGCCGCCGUCCUGGCCUUGUCAGGGCUGGCGCUGAGCUGCUGCCGGGAGCCCGUUCUCUCCGAAUGUUAUACAGCAAAUGGGGCUGACUAUCGUGGCACUCAGAACCAGACCUCCCAAUAUGCAGGGAAACCUUGUCUUUUUUGGAAUGAAACCUUUGAGCAUCCUUAUAAUACUCUGAAAUAUCCCAAUGGGGAGGGAGGGCUUGGAGAGCAUAACUACUGCAGGAACCCUGAUGGAGAUGUGAGCCCAUGGUGCUACAUUGCAGAACAUGAGGAUGGAAUAUAUUGGAAAUACUGUGAAAUUCCAUCCUGCCGAAUGCCGGGGAAUCUAGGGUGUUACAAGGACCAUGGAGAGCCACCACCUUUGACUGGCACCAGCGAGACCUCCAAUAAACUUACUAUCCAAACGUGCAUCAGUUCCUGUCGAAGUCAGCAAUUCAAGUUUGCAGGCAUGGAGUCAGGUUAUGCUUGUUUCUGUGGAAAUAAUCCUGACUACUGGAGAUACGGGGAGGCAGCCAGUACGGAAUGCAACAGUGUUUGCUUUGGAGACCAUACUCAGCCUUGCGGUGGGGAUGGCAGAGUCAUUCUUUUUGACACCCUUAUUGGUGCCUGUGGAGGGAAUUACACUUCUGCUACAGCUGUGAUCUAUUCCCCAGAUUUUCCUGACACAUACGGCACAGGCAAAGUCUGUUACUGGACCAUACAAGUUCCAGGAGCAUCUCAAAUCCACUUCAGCUUUGCCCUUUUUGAAAUCAAAGAUGCUACAGAUAUGGUGGAACUGCUGGAUGGCUAUACCUAUCAUGUUCUAGCCCGUUUUAAUGGCAAGAACCGGCCUCCCCAAACAUUUAACAUCUCUUUGGAUUUUGUCAUUUUGUACUUUUUCUCAGAUGAAAUUAAUCAAGCCCAGGGAUUUGCUAUCAGAUACAGAGCUGUGAAGGACAAUGUGCAUCAAAACAAGAUUCUAGUGAAUCAGACCUUUUCCGAGAAGAUAAAUGAACAAGCAAAUCUCAGCAUCAGUGCAGCCCGGUCAUCAAAGAUACUUUAUGUCAUCACAACCAGCCCAAGUCAUCCCAGUAGCUCCAUGCCUGAGUGGACAAUAUAUAGUCUCACAGCACUGCUCAUCCUAAGUAUUACAGCCAUAAUAGCAAAGAUAUUCCUCCACAUUACCAUGAGAUCCCAUCAGAUACCAUCUGCAACUGGAACAGAAGAUUCCAAUGAGGUUACCUCUGCUGGAGAGAUCUGGAGUAUAUUUUACCAGCCAUCCACGUCAAUAUCCAUCUUCAAGAAAAAGCUUCGAAGUCAACAAGAUGACUGCAACCCACUAGUGGGAAACUGAAGUGUCUUAAUGUCACAAGAAUCAACCUUCUUAAAAUCCAGGUGACUUGGGAAUCAUAUUUUUUUUCCUCUGAAUCUCAUACUUGUUUUCCCAAAAGUGCAUUUUCCAAAGGCUUUUGAGUGACUUUGCCUGUCUUCUGCUCUCUUGGGUACACUAAGGGCAACAGGAGCAAUUAAUUGCAGCAAUAGUUUUGAACUAUCUGGUGUUCAUUGAAUCUGUGGUGCUGUUAAUUACUGCCUUGAGACCAGUGCACUUAAAAUCUAUGUCAAAACCUGUGAAACACAAAAUGCCCUGUACUCCUGCGAAAAGUAACUGAAGGAGUACCUGCAGGUUGAGGACUUCUUGUGUCCUGCUUUCCUGUAUAACUGUAUUGU